CAAGUCUCACGAUCUACAGCCUCAUCUCCCCGUCUGCUUGAAUAUUCCUGGGUAGGACUUUUCUUAGCCUAGAUGUCUUAGCGCCAGCUUUCCGUAAGCGCCCAAUGGAUCAAUCCUAUACUCGGUAGAGUAUACCUGCUACAAUACAUGUACUGUACUUCUCGUAUGAACCAUACAAGGCGGACUUUGUACCCAGUCGAGCGUUCCUGAGGCUGGUAUAGUGAUGAUUCCCAUCCCAUCCGCUCUUUACUCACAUUCCUUCUUUAAUAUCAGUCUUUCUUAAUUACUUUCUUUGAUGGAGACUUCGAGUGUCGUCUUGGACUAAGCUGCAAAAUAGUGCGUCGUCUAUACCGCGCUUUUGCGUGCUUCUAGCCAUGGCCUCUACACGGUCUUUACCUAUAUCAUUUCUUUUCUAUCUGGCGGUCUUCAGACUUGUCGAGGCAGACACAAAGCCUAUCGCGGCGAAAUGGUCUAGCUCGACGUUUGGACCUGACGGUCCUUGGCCGGCGAUUGAGGUGACAAUGGGUAGCGAUCAGAAGAUAUCGAUGUACCCAGGGCGUGAAUUUCAAACCUUCCUCCUGACAAGCGAUUACUGUAACCAAAAUACGACGAUUCCGUGUUAUGCUAACCAAGCUGGACUCUACAACGAUGCUCAGUCGCAGGUGGACACUACGGGAUCAACGGGUUCGAUUCAAUACCAGUCAAAUCCAGACUACAUGCUAGGUGUGGAAGUGCUUGGCAAAAUGACGAAGUCAUGGGUCGAUAGGAUGGAAUUUGGAGGCACGACAAUAGAGAACGUCUCGCUGUCUCUGUUGAGCGAGUCAUAUAUGGCUUAUCCAAAUGGUCAAUGGUAUCCUUUGACCGUAGGCUGCUUGGGGAUAGGGGCUCCAGCAACCGUCAACCAAUCUUUCUCCAACAGCUAUGGGCCGCUUAUCAAUGCUAGUCUCGUUCCUGGAUACUUAUGGUCACAUAAGACAACCGCAUCCAACUCUUUCGGCAUGCAUAUGGGAUCCGUAAACCCCCGGAUGCCGGGAUCGUUUUACUUUGGCGGUUACGAUCAGAACCGAAUCGUGGGAGAUCUUCUUACGUAUUCGGAUGACUAUACAAAAGAUAUCACCCUAAAAGACAUCAGCAUCAAAGUAAUAGAUGGGUCUUCGCCGUGGAAGUUUGAAUCUUUGGGUGGCCUUCUCGCAGCCGACAACUCGUCCAUCACUUCCGGAGGUGUCCAAGUCUCUGUCGAUGGUUGUUCUCCUUACCUAUCACUCCCCAAGUCGACAUGCGAUGCUAUUACGAAGAAUCUACCUGUAACUUAUAAUGAGGACCUCGGCUUAUAUUUCUGGAAAACCGACGAGCCGAAAUAUACGCAAAUUGUCAACUCGGCCUCUGUCUUGGAGUUCGUUUUUAUAGGCGACUCGAACACGAAGAACGUUUCCAUCUCUGUUCCCUUUCGGCAUUUAAAUCUCACGCUGACAGCACCAUUGAUCGACAAACCAACGCAGUAUUUCCCGUGUUAUACGGGCCCUGCUAAGACCUACACUCUUGGCCGUGCUUUUCUCCAGGAUGCGUUUAUCGGUGCAAAUUGGGGUACCAAAUCGUGGUGGCUUGCUCAAGCACCUGGCCCUAACAUACCAGCUCCCUCCGUUGUUGAGCUUGCAGACGGCGGUUCAAUCAAGGCUAGCUCAAACGACUGGAAAGAAUCAUGGUCUGGAUCCUGGACGGCUCUUAAACCUAGCGACGUAGAAAGCUCGGCUACUGUGAGCCCUCCUACCGCAACUAACGCGGCCGCCCAAGAAACUGCUGCCCCAGUGGCUGGUCUUUCGACAGGAGCCAAGGCUGCCAUCGGGGUGUGUGUUGGUGUCGCAGGUCUAGUACUGAUCGCUGCUCUUGUCUUCUUUUUCGCACGCCGUCGCAAGGCACCUGCGCCCGAAAACCCGGCCCCUAAUGCAACAUAUACGGCUCAUGAUAACCCCGAGCAAGGAUACUACGCGCCUGUCAAAAAUCCCAGCUCACCGGGCAUCUCAGAGAUGUCUGCAGUCGCUCCGGGGCAACCGCCGAAUAUGGCGAUGUAUAAUCAGCAGUACUCCCAGCAAUACCCGCAACAAUAUCCUCCCCAAUUAUAUCCCCAGCAGUACCCUCAACAAUAUUUGCAACCAUACGGGCAGCCGUACAGCACCGAAUUACCUACUAUCGACAAUAGGCCAACAGAACUACCUGGGUCAACGGCGUACAUCCCACAGUUACUUGAUGGGUCUCAAGUUCACGGUCAGGUAUCACCACUUCAAAACCAUGUACCACCACAAUCGCCACAUUCACCAGGAAAUGGCACGAACCAAUCACCUACACAGGGACAACAUGGGCAAAUAUGAUUAUGGUCUCAUCUUGCAGGGGGUAAAAGUCGAGAAAGCGGGAAAUAGCCUUAUGCAUAAAAUCUAUCUGACACCGAAAAUCUGCGUUACAUCAUUCUAAUAUUCUAAGAAUUCUCUUCUUUUUCACCCUGGAGUUUCAUGCGAUCUGUGCAUAAAUACGCGUGUCGGAUUUUAGGAUAGGCAAUGAGCGGCCAUUGAUACCAUUUAGUUGGACGGGUUUCUGAUAUAACAAAAUAUCACAGUAAUGGCAAUUAUUCCGAGGAAAUUCUACCACGUACCUACUAUGUUAUUUGUUAUUUAUUUUAUGACCUGAUUUUUUGGGGGGGUCUCUCAUGUUGUAGGUAAUGAUAGGUUAGCUUAGGUACUUACCUACCUCCUAGAUGCUACCUAAAGUCGUCCCUUAGAUAAAAGAUGGGGGGUUGUAAAAGACUUAAUGUAACACACAUGGCGUUUAUUCAAAUAAUCAAAGAUCUUAAAACGAAGCGAGUUUUUAUAGUUCUAAAUUCCAUCAACUGACAGAAUCAUUGAGCGCUAUCUUGUUUAACCAAC